CAAGGCUCCACCUCCGUUGCCCCUAGCGUCUGUUUGUUGACUUCCGGCUGCGCAGUACUUACCUAUGUCAGAAAAGUCAUUAUGGGGGAGUCAGAGUAAUGCGCCGCGCACUUCAGUAAUGAGGCGCCGGGGCUGCCCUAGACUUCAUCGGGUGGCCCCUAUAGUCUUCGUGGCCGAAGAGAAACCUCAGCGCCUGGCCCUGAGAAUGGGAGAGCCUGAAGGUCUGGUGCCGGGUUCAGGUGCUGUGUUUACAUUUGGAAAAACCAAAUUUGCUGAAAAUAUUCCUAGCAAGUUCUGGUUUAAAAAUGAUGUGCCUACAUACCUUUCAUGUGGAGAUGAACAUACUGCCGUUGUGACAGGAAAUAAUAAACUUUAUAUGUUUGGCAGUAACAACUGGGGCCAGUUAGGAUUAGGAUCCAAGACAACUAUCAACAAGCCAACAUGUGUCAAAGCUCUAAAACCUGAAAAAGUGAAAUACGUUGCCUGUGGAAGGAACCAUACCCUAGUUUCAACAGAAGAAGGCAACGUAUAUGCAACUGGAGGAAAUAAUGAUGGACAGUUGGGACUAGGGGAUACUGAAGGGAGAAACACUUUUUAUCCAAUCAGCUUUUUUACAUCCCAGCAUAAGAUUAAACAGCUCUCUGCUGGUUCCAAUACUUCAGCUGCACUGACUGAGAACGGAGAACUUUUUAUGUGGGGUGACAAUUCUGAAGGACAGAUUGGUUUAAAAAAUGUAACUAAUGUGUGCGUCCCUCAUCAAGUGACCAUCGGGAAGCCUAUUUCCUGGAUCUCUUGUGGGUAUUACCAUUCAGCCUUUGUAACAAUGGACGGUGAACUGUACACAUUUGGAGAAUGUGAGAAUGGGAAGUUAGGUCUCCCUGAGGAGCUGCUGAUCAAUCACAAAACUCCCCAGCUGGUGACUAGAAUUCCUGAGAAGGUGAUCCAGGUGGCUUGUGGUGGAGGACACACUGUGGUUCUCACGGAGACAAUUGUGUAUACAUUUGGACUCGGGCAGUUUGGUCAGCUGGGUCUUGGCACUUUUAUUUUUGAAACUUCAGAACCCAAAGCCAUCGAAUAUAUUAAAGAUCACAAAAUAAGUUCUAUUUCCUGUGGAGAAAAUCACACAGCUUUGAUAACAGAACUAGGCCGUAUGUAUACUUUUGGAGAUGGCCGAUAUGGAAAAUUAGGACUUGGACUAGAGAAUUUUACUAAUCAAUUCGUUCCUACUUUGUGCUGUGAUUUUUUGAGAUUUAUGAUUCAGUUGGUUGCUUGUGGUGGAUGCCACAUGGUAAUUUUUGCUACUCCGCGACUUGGUUCGGCAAAUGAAUUUGUGUCAGAUGAACCAAAUUAUUCUUACUUUCCUUUAUCAUCUUCUCUACAUGUCAGAGAUUGGAUCUCAAGUAGUGUACUACAUAGAAACUUAUCAGCACGUGUGCGUCGAAGAGAGCGGAUAAUAUCCAAAGGAGACAUUCCUUUUUUGAAAAUUAAAGAGAGAUCCCCAGAUUGUAUUCAAAUGAUGCAAACAGUACAUCCAAUAGAAGAGACUGACCCUGCAUCUGGUAGUUUUCCCGUGAGUUUAGUUCCUUUCCAUUUAUCUCAGAAUAACCAACCAGCGCAAACCAGAUCUGGAAGGGGUGAGCCAAAGUUGCCAGAUUAUUUUCAAGAUAAAAUGACCAGAGAGAGCAUGACAAAAAUUUCAUCUGCAGCAGAUUUGGAAAGCCUUGGAGAAACUAGUGAUAUUUUAAAUAUGACACAUAUGAUGAGCCUGAAUUCCAAAGACAAGUCAUUGAAAUUAUCACCAGUUCAAAAACGAAAGAAACAAGAAACAUUUGUGAAAGUGAUGCAACCUGCAACUCAGACUGGAAAGGAUGAUAAUAAUGGAUAUGAAGAGAUGGCAAAAACAAAAGAAGGGAGGAUGUAUAAGCAGCCUGUGGCAAAAGGGAUAUUCAUGAUGCAAGCAGCUGAAAGUAUGGAAGCAUUUUCAGAUGAGGAAGUAGGUAAUAAUCCAGGCCAGAUGGGGCCUCGGGCCGACACCAAUGGAGAGGGUUUGCAAAAAGAGAUACUUAGACAUGAACAUAAAAGUGAUGUUGAUGAGCAUGCUGCUGAGGAAAUAGAAAAGGAGAGUGCUGAAGGACACAGUCAGCAGGAUUCAGAAGCAGAAGAAAUAGUCUCUGGGACCGAAACUGAGCUGGCGAAUAUAAGAAAAAGUGAAGAGAAUAGAAAAAAUAUUAGUACAUUCUCUGAUAACUUAUCAGCUAGAGAUAUGAAUAUGGAGAAUGAAGAAAAUAAGCGAUUUGUUAAGACAGGGAAAUGUAGCAAGCAAGAUGUGACCUUUGACAAUGAAAGAGAAUCGAUAGAAGAGCAAGAGAGUUACAUGGAAAGUGAAAGUGAGAGUCAGCAGGGUACAGCUGAUGGAUUCGAGCAGCCUGAGUCUAUAGAAUCUAGUAGUGGAGAGAAAGACGAUGAUGAAGUGGAAACUUCCCCAGACCUGUGGUAUAGUAGAAAAUAUAUUGAACAAGAAAAUGAGGAAGACAUCGAACCCAAAAUGUCGAAAUUCAUGACAAAAUUUAAUUUUAAGUGUGGCCAUUUGUCAGAGAUCCCAGAAGAGCAGGAAGGAGUAGAUGAUUCAGAAGA